GGCGAUUUCCAAGUAAGGAUUGAUCCUCCUUCUUUUUUGAGCUCGGGAGCUCGCCUACCGAGAAACAUAAUACUCAUCUUUUACAUACCUACUUUUACGCACCUAGGAAUCUGUACACGCAUGAGAUUCGACUAUAAAGGCCUGCAAGACCUGUUUUCGUGAUUACCUCGUCCUGAGGAAUCUCGCCGCGCGUUAUCCGCCAGGAAUAGAAACUCAGGCAGUCUUUAUCUGUCUGCGCCCGAAGACAGGAGGGAUCUUUAGGAACUUCCGUGGCUCUCUGUGGCUCUCGGCCGAUUGACCGGAUUCUUGCGAUUAUGAUGAUAUGCGAGAGUCGUUUAUCAUAAGUAGUGUCGCAAAAUAAUCUCAAAGCGUGGGAUUCUUGGAACGUCUUACUAUAGAAUUUUCCUGAGCUAUCAGCGUGGAAUCCUAAUCAAUAUGACGAUGCUGCUCCUUAUAUGUUUGCUGUCUUUAGCGGUCAGCGUGCCUGUAAAAGUCGAAAAAAUCGGCAAAACGAUACUGCAAAUUGUAGAGAUCGAUAACGGCACACUGAAAAAUGUUCAAUUUAUCGAAAAUUCUGAUCAUACGGAACUGAAAUUGUCAGGCUUAUCGAAUCUUCGCGCGCUGGAGAGAAACGCCUUUGAUAAUGUGGUUAACGUGGAAUCGCUUGUACUUACCAACAAUUCGUUGACUUCUUUGCCGGAUUUCAUUUUCUCCAAUUUAACGAAAUUAAAGAGUCUAUCGCUGUCGAAUAAUCGAAUAUCGAACGUCCGGAACUUGUUCGUUGGCUUGGAGAAUCUGCAACUGUUGGACAUCUCUCGCAAUCCUAUCAGACAUCUUGGGAGGGGUCACUUGUUCGGCCUCACCAAGUCCGUUAGGAUUCGCACCGAUGGAAAUAUCCUCUGGAGCAUCAGCACAGGCGUGUUCGCUAACUCCUUUCUCAAGGAUAUUGAAAAGCCAAAGCAACUGGCAGCGAUGCAAGCGGACGGCUUCCAUAAAGGGUAACGAGACAAAGAAAAAGAAGUCGACAAAGUUGAGAUAGUCACAGAGGCUCAGGAUGGAAUGAUCGUUAAAGCCCUUGGCGAAAGCGUCCGAGUGAAAAUUUGCAAGUCCGAUGAUAUCGUGACGUCAUUGAAGAUUCUUUCAGAAGACGAAGAACUCGUUGCAGAAUGCGUUCAAGUGCCAAUCGAUACUGAUGCGACGCAUGUGAAUCUCGUCGACCUCGGCAUCAAAGGUUUCCAGGAAGACUGGUAUCAAUUGCAUUCUCUGCCGAUCGCUUCGUUGGAUCUGUCGAACAAUGAGAUCACCGAGAUCACGAAGGAGACGCUGAACAACCUGCCGUCAAACCUGACAUAUGUAAACUUUCAAGGAAAUAAAAUAUCUAGGAUCUGGAGUCAGGUGAUCAAGAAUGAUUACCUGACUAGGCUCAACUUGAGGGACAAUCUGAUCGAGGAUAUUGAGGAGAGUGCGUUCGCGAAGACGAAUCUAAGGGAAUUGUAUCUCUCUGGCAAUCAAUUGGAAAGUCUAAACUUUGUUUCCAGUCUGCCAAACACCCUGACCAUCUUUAUAGCUGAGAGAAAUCACAUAAUUUCUAUCCCCGAUGACGCGUUUUCCAAACUUCACCGUUUAAAUUAUCUUCAUCUUGACGACAAUAAAAUCGAAACGUUACAGAAUAAUGUCUUCCGAGGCCUGGUUUCCUUGCAGACAUUAGCGUUGACAGGAAAUGGUAUAAAGUCGAUUGAACCGAGCGCUUUCAAAGGCUUAACGGUAUUGCAGACGCUCGAUCUCCGUUGGAACUCAAUACGCGAUGUGCAAAAGGGCACUUUCUCCGAAUUGCCGGUUUUGAAGCUGCUAAAUCUUGCCAAUAACAAAAUAACCAAGGCUACAUUCGAUCUUGCGCAAUCCGUGGACUCCCUGCAUCUCGAUUACAAUGAGAUCGACAUUCUUGAGAAGGAUAGUUUUGUUCAAGCCCCAACAGCCAUAUUAUCCUUGACUGGAAACAAAAUUUCUAAUAUAUCGCGUGGCGCCUUCAAUUUGCCAACUUUGAGGGAUCUGUAUUUGAACAACAACACCUUGACGACCAUUGAAGGUGACAGCUACGAGGGCCUGAACCGAUUAAGGCGUCUCUGGCUCUCGGAAAAUAAGAUAUCGGAGAUUCGAAAAGGCGCCUGUAAAAAUUUGGAAAGUCUUUACAUUUUGGACAUAUCUAAAAAUCCUUUCCAGAAGUUGGAAAACGGCGCUCUUCAUGGACUCAACACUGGCUUUGGCAGCAGUUUAUAUAUUUAUGAGAACAAUCUGAAGGAGAUUCAAGGCGGUGUCUUCGAUGAUGUUUAAAACUCUUUCUUUUUUAACUCAAGCCUUUUAUAUACAUUUCCUUUAAUUUUUAUAACUGGCAUUAAAAAUUAUCAGUCAUUAAGUC